CCAGUUGAUGCAGUUUUAAUAUUGCAGGCUAAAAUAUCAAGUCCAUAUCCUCUCAUAAUUAGGGAUCUUCUCCGGAUCUGUUUUAUAAUUUUCUUCCAUAUGAGGGAGCCCAAUCUUCAAUCUCUAUUUCCUUAAUCAUAUGAUUUUUUUUCUUUUUUUGCUUCUUGCAACUUUGUAGAGAAAAUAUUUAAGGGUUUCUCUUUGUUCAUCUGUAAAGGAAGCUCCAGGGCUACUGAUCGUGUUAUUUUUUGAAGAUCAUCGCCUUUCUGUAUUCUAAUUUUCUUGUUUAUAUCUGUUUUUUCUUUUUGUUUUUUUGAUAUACAAAGCGGUUAUAAGCUAUGGAGGCAAUUUUUGCACAGUCCUCUGCUGCUGAUCAUCAACCAAUCUCUUCUUCUUACAAGCAAUUCAGAAACCAACCAAAGAAAAACCCUCGAGGUCUGGUUCCAAGAUCUACUGAAAACUUAGCUCCAACAAGCAACAUCAUCCAUGGAGGUCUCUUGUUUGCUCCUCCUCAUUCUGUCUCCUCCUCCUACCCUCCUCCUUCAUUCUCAGUUCUCUUUCCGCAAAGCCAAUCACAGCCACCUCUCCUUCCUCUUCCGGUCUCCAGACCCCACAACUCUUUCUCUUCUUCACGAACACCCAGUACUAGAAAAGCAAAUCGAACCAGAGAUCAGUCUCUCACGCCUAAGAAAUCUAAACAGCCCAUCAGAAAAGAAGAGCCCAGGCAAGAUUUGAAACCAGCUGAUGCAGCUCCAGUAUCAGCCAAGUCUUUUAUCGUGGCGUCCACUGUACCAUUAGGACCAGACCCAAACGAUCUACCAAAAGAUGUUUCAAAGGUUUUAUCAACAUCGCCAUCGUCUUCAUUAAGAGCAGGUAAUAUGAACUGUAUUGGUGUCAGUGUCAAAGAUUUGGAGAUUUUUUCAGGUUCGCCAUUUACACUGUCUCCACAUCCAAGCAGCUUACCGUUGCCAAAGUUUCCUAUCAGGCCAAAGCUCAGUUGCACUGCAGAAGCAGCUGGGAUCGAUGCUGGAGCAACAGACAAUCUCCGGCGACUUUUACGUCUCCGAUGAGGUGAAAUAAUAUUGAGUUAUAAUUAAUAUCUAAUAUUGUUAAAUCGGUGAGAAAAAGUUGGCUGUCUUUUGGAUUAUCUUCUGUGUAAAGCCAUAACCAGUGGGUAGCGAGGUUGAUUGUGAAUUUGGUAGUUUCGUCUGCCUUGUUUUGAGUCAGUGGAAAGUUUGUGAUCACCACCAGCGAUUUUUUUGAAUUGGGGGUGCACAAACAAAGCUGGGGGAUGACGAAAGCUGCCAUGUCUGUCUUUGUUCUUCUUUUUGUUUCCCUUUCUUCUCUUUUGUCGGUUUGAUUAAAGAUACUCUCUUUGUCC